AAUCUUCAUGUCGUGUCGCCAGAGGACACUAAUCUGUUUGCUUCGAAGAGUUGCAUCAGUACCAUCACUGCCGUUUGGAGCGUGUAUCUCAACAUAUGUUCCUGAUGGCGUUUCGUGCGGACUUGCAUAUACACUGCGACUAAUAUGUCUCUAAGGAGGCUCUGUCCUCAACGCGCUUUUUCGCGCCUCACCACCAGCGCAUUGCUCGCUGCCCCCGCCCUGGUGCAGACUGCUGCUUCACAUCCUCGCUGGCAGUUCGAACCGCCGACGCUCCUUUAUUUCGUGUAAAUAGACCAUUCUCACUGAUUCUGUUCUUGCAACCGCUCUUUCCCUAUGGCGAUCACCCCUUGGCUUUUACAUCUUCUACCUUCACUUCUGUUGUUAUGCGCCCAUCCAGUAGCCGCCAUCCUCGUUAACGUGACCGUGGACGAUUCUGGUCCGGACCCCAUCACAGGUACACAGAUUGUCUACGCUCCUCCCAAUACUUGGUCUAUUGGGUCGAAUUGUAGUGGUUGCGUCGCCCAUCCCGAUCCAAACGCUGUGUUCGAUCGCACUUGGCACGAGGGAACGUUCAGUCCUGGGGCGAGUAACAUCUUGACCGCGACGUUUACAUUUCAGGGCUCCGCGUUGUAUGUGAAUUGUAUCCUGAGUCCAAAUCUAGAUGAAAACUCCGACAUGUCAUUCUUCCUGGACGGUCAAUUUGUUGGGUCAUUCUUCCAGCCUCCAAACAGCAAUCCCAACUUUGGUUACAACUUCACUGUUUACACCAAUAGUUCAAUACCAUAUGGCAACCAUACGUUUACAUUGCAAAAUGGAAGGAUAGGCGGAGCCACAUCGUUGGUUCUUUUGGAUUCAAUCGUAUACUCGUAUGAUCCAAGCCAGAUUCCAGCUUCAUCGUUGACUGGGAGUAUCUUAUCUAGUAGCUCCCUUUUGACCGCAAUGAGCACGCAAUCAUCAACCUCCACCACCUCUUCAAUAUCGCCAGACACAACAGAAGUCAGCAGCGUCUCUGGGAGCACGACUCGCCCUCUGUCCUCAAAAACACGUACCAUAGCCAUAGUGGUGUCUGUGGUUGGGGGGAGUCUGCUCAUAGCUGCCCUCGUCGCAUUCUUCCUUUGGCGAAGAAGGCGUUAUCGAAGAUAUGCUCUUCCAGUAGAGAUGGUGUCAACCACCGACACCAGUCAGAUUGGCGAUGACCCAAGUUCAAGCGGAUGGGCCGAAGGUACAUGGCCCAAAGACGAGGAGCCGGUUCAUCCCUCGUUGAUUCCGUUGCCUGGGACGAGGACUCCGAGGACCAGAGGGAACGCUUCAAAUUCAAGUCAUUGGUCACAACCUAGCGCAGACAUAUCUGAACGUUCAGUAUCUACUUUGAUUUCCAGGAAUGUUGGUGCUGUUGCCACAACACAGUUAGUCCCCCCACCGGGUAGUCUGAGUGGUCACGAUCGGAUUGGGGCUAGUGGGGACGGCAGUGGAAGUGACGUGGUCGAGCGUGAUUCACAACACGAUGAGGGUCAAACUGUCAUUAUCCGUGGCCCACCCCAUCCAUUUGCUACCGCGACACCUUCGUCACCAUCAUAUCCCCAUCUUCCCCGCAGCCCACAAACUCCGCCAUCAGUAGCAUCCCCAACAUCCCCAACAUCCCCACUCUCAUCGAGGUCAGAAACUCCUCUGACCGUAAAAUUCAGUCCCAAUCGACGUCCGGAUAUGUUACCUUCAUUGAGUCGAGGUGCGCAUGCUAUCGCGUCAAUUUCCGAACCUGCACAUGGGCCAGAUCCCAGUAGGAAAGCUCGACGGCAGGGACUUUAUGUCGAAGAGAGUCGACCACAUAAUGCAACGGACUAAUCUUUUUUUCGUGGUCCAUAACGAUUUUUGAUGUCUGUAUAUAUGUGAGCAGUGUUUCGCUCAUUCAGUUUCGUGACAUGGAUUGUCGCUGAACUCGAUUGAUGGGGUCACCCGUUCAGCUUAUUGGGUAGCAUGUUGGAUUGUCAUUUUGUAACUUAUCAUGGUAUCCUUCCUUCUCGCCUUCUCGAUAUCACGUCUUUCCUGACUACCCGUUUGCAGUAGCGCACACAUAGCCAUAAUGUCAAGAUAACAUGUAAGGUGAGGCAAUGUCUUCAAUCGUAAGCCUUGAUCGAGUGGAUCAAGUAAACAUGAUUGUGCCAGUGCGUAUUAUCAUCCAGAAGGGAAGUGCUAUGCAGCCAGGUGUGGUGAAAAAGGAUUAUUUCACUUUGAGGACUUUGAUGAAGUACUUCAACUUUGACAAUGAUGAAAAGCUUAGUGCUGAUACGAUUGAUAUGUUGACGAAGGUAAAUUUCCUUUCAAAAUGGGAGCUAUUAUCUAUUCACAAUAUUUGAGAUGGUGUAAUUGAAGGGCUGACUCAGGAAUUCCCUUCUUCACGGAGUACAAGUUCCUGUCCUAUCUAUUCUCAUGACACGC